CUACACCUACGACUCGGGCAUCCACUCGGGCGUCAACACGCAGGUGCCCUCCGUCAGCAGCAAGUGCCUGGGGGACGAUGAGGAGCUGUACGGGAAGCAGUACACCAUCAAGAAAACCACCACCAGUUACUGCCAGGGAGGGGGCCAGGGCCAGAGCCAAGCACAAGCGGACAUGGAGGCCCAGCUGGCCAUGACACGGGCGCAGCGCGUCCGGGCAGCCAUGUACCCCGAGACGGUGGAGGACCGCUCACUGCUUAUCACCACGCAGCUGGAGGGGCAGCAGACCAAUGUGCAGCGCCUGGCCGAGCCCUCGCAGAUGCUGAAGUCGGCCAUUGUGCACCUCAUCAACUACCAGGAUGAUGCCGAGCUGGCCACCCGCGCCAUCCCGGAGCUCACCAAGCUGCUCAACGACGAGGACCCGGUGGUUGUCAGCAAAGCGGCCAUGAUCGUCAACCAGCUCUCCAAGAAGGAGGCGUCGCGCCGCGCGCUGAUGCAGUCGCCCCAGAUCGUGGCGGCCGUGGUGCGCACCAUGCAGAGCACCAGCGACCUGGACACGGCUCGCUGCACCACCAGCAUCCUGCACAACCUGUCGCACCACCGCGAGGGCCUGCUCUCCAUCUUCAAGUCUGGCGGCAUCCCAGCCCUCGUCAGGAUGCUGAGCUCACCAGUCGAGUCCGUCCUCUUCUACGCCAUCACCACCCUGCACAACCUGCUACUCUACCAGGAAGGGGCCAAGAUGGCCGUGCGCCUGGCCGAUGGCCUGCAGAAGAUGGUGCCACUGCUCAACAAGAACAACCCCAAGUUCCUGGCCAUCACCACCGACUGCCUGCAGCUCCUUGCAUACGGCAACCAGGAGAGCAAGCUGAUUAUUUUGGCCAACGGAGGUCCCCAGGCCCUGGUGCAGAUCAUGCGCAGCUACAACUACGAGAAGCUGCUGUGGACCACGAGCCGGGUGCUGAAGGUGCUGUCGGUGUGUCCCAGCAACAAGCCCGCCAUUGUUGAGGCCGGCGGCAUGCAGGCCCUGGGCAAGCACCUGACCAGCUCCAGCCCCCGGCUGGUCCAGAACUGCCUCUGGACCCUGCGGAACCUCUCUGAUGUGGCUACCAAACAGGAGGGCCUGGAUGGCGUCCUCAAGAUCCUGGUGAACCAGCUGAGCUCUGACGAUGUGAACGUGCUGACCUGCGCCACCGGCACCCUCUCCAACCUGACCUGCAACAAUAGCAAGAACAAGACCCUGGUGACGCAGUCGAACGGCGUGGAGGCCCUGAUCCACACCAUCCUGCGGGCAGGCGACAAGGAGGACAUCACCGAGCCGGCUGUCUGCGCGCUGCGGCACCUCACCCGCCGNNCACAGGACGCACACACCGCUCCAGUCUCAGUCAGGACAAAUCUCUCCUUCCCCCCUUCUCCCCAGGCUACCAUAGGGCUGAUCCGCAACCUGGCCCUGUGCCCGGCCAACCAUGCCCCGCUACACCGAAAGCCGAUCUGACCCUGGGGGAUCCUGUGCCCACCUCGGGGUGGUUGAGAUGCCCCAGGCCGUGGCUGAGCACUCGUCCCCUGGCAGGACGGAGUGAAGAUGGAGGAGAUCGUGGAGGGCUGCACGGGGGCACUGCACAUCCUGGCCCGGGACCCCAUGAACCGCAUGGAGAUCUUCCGCCUCAACACCAUCCCGCUCUUUGUGCAGCUCCUCUACUCGCCGGUGGAGAAGAUACAGCGUGUGGCAGCUGGUGUGCUGUGCGAGCUGGCCCAGGACAAGGAGGCGGCCGAUGCCAUUGAUGCCGAGGGUGCUUCGGCUCCGCUGAUGGAGCUGCUGCACUCCCGGAAUGAGGGGACGGGNNNCUACGCGGCCGCCGUGCUCUUCCGGAUCUCGGAGGACAAGAACCCUGACUACAGGAAGCGUGUCUCUGUGGAGCUCACCAACUCACUCUUCAAGCAUGACCCAGCAGCCUGGGAGGCGGCUCAGAGCAUGAUCCCCAUCAACGAGCCCUACUCAGAUGAGCUGGACCCUGGCUACCGCCCCAUGUACUCGGGUGACAUCCCCCUGGACCCCAUCGACAUGCACAUGGACAUGGACGGUGACUACCCCAUGGACGCCUACAGUGACGGCGUCCGGGCACCCUUCGCUGACCACAUGCUGGCCUAACCCCCUGCAGCCCCCGCACCAGGUGUUUUCUCGUACAGAGGAGGGUGGCCCCAGAGCUGAGCAUUCGCAAGAAGGACUUGGGAGACAGAAGUGCCUGAGAAGAUAUAAACUUUUCCAUUCCCACGAGAGGUUUUAUUUUCGUUUUCUUUUCUUCACUGUGGGUCUGUGGAGAAGGUCCUUCCUCCUGGGACUGCUUCGAGAACCUACUGCCGCAUCCAGCAUCCAAGAUACUGUUUCUGAAGCUUUAAAACACACAAACCCUGCACCAUUAGCGACCUUUCAUUGGCAAAAUAGUCUUUUCUAUGAAUAUGUAUUUCUUUUUUAUUUUUAAUAUGGUGCCAACGGCUUUUGCCGUCUUUAAGUUUGUGCUUUCUGACUCCCCCACUCUUUGUUCUGCGUGUCAGCGUUCUAGGAAAGGAGUCUAACAUGGGAAACCCUUUGCUUUCCGCGAGCUCUAAGUUAAUCAGGCCAAUCUGAGUCUGCCGAAAGCAAAGGGUGCCGAGGCCCAGGCCCUUCGUUUUAGCCAUUGGGAUGUCUGCGGUUUAAUUCUUCCCCGUCAGCUGUUGGGGAGCUGACUCUGUGUACCUGCCUGUCCUACCCAUAGAGGAGUGACUCCAGCAUUAGGAACCGUGUCCUUGUACUGAUCUCUGUUGCACAUUUUAACCCCUUUUCCUUCCUUUUGGUGAGUGGUGUGUUUCCGUCCCCUCCUCCCUUAUCUAACACAAUUUUUAAAGAGGCUCUAGGUCUGGUGGUGGUUUAAUGCUUCCACCAGAAAGGGAUGGACCGCUACUGGAGUGUGGGUCAGGAAUGGGAGAUUUUAUUAUUUCUGUAAGUUGUUUUUGUAUAGACCAAAGCAAAGAAUAAAAUAACACCCCCAGCCC